AUGUCUUCCUUCCGUGCGUUGUCCGUCGCGCGCUUGACCGUGGCGCUCAUGAUCUGGUUCUCGUCAAGCUACGCAGUUGCCCAGUCAUGCUCAGCAUCCAUGCUGACGAUACGGGGUCCCGCUGACACAACGGCCUUCGCACUGUGUCCAACAUUCACUGGCAACAUACAAAUAUCCCCAGAAGCGACAGGCAACAUCUCCUUGGAUGGCCUAAAAAGGCUGAACGGACAUGUGACUGCAAGCGACAACGGGGGCUUGACUGGACUGUCAGCGGACCUGCUUGAGCAAAUCGACGACUACAUGUAUUUGCAGCGCCUUCCACAGCUAUCGACGUUGUUCUUCCCCCGGUUGAGAUCCGUUGGCAAUCAGCUCAGACUGGAGCAUCUGCCUGAACUAUCGGAACUGGGAUUCGAUGCUACCAUUACAGAAUGCCCCUCUUUCUCGGUGACGGACACGGCUUUGACAAGUAUUUCUGGCAUAGACCCUGCCGGGAUAACCGACGGAUUUAACAUCACUAGCAACAAACGGCUUGAGGUCAUUACAAUGACGUUGAAUUCUACGAGACUGACUACUGGUGGUACAGUGACAGUCGCGGAUAAUUCACCGGAGUUGAGCGUAGCAUUCCCAAAUCUGGUCUCGGCACAGAACUUGGAGCUCUCCAAUAUCUCGAGCAUAUUGUUACCGUCCCUCGUCGAGUCAGAGGAGAUAGCCGUGAGGAGUUCAACGAUAGGAAACUUUACAGCACCUAAGCUUACGAAUGUUGGGAAUGGCACCUUUGGACUAUGGUUCGAAGCAUGCCAUGAUCUCAUCGACAUCGAAGUAGCAUCACUUGUCAACACUGGAGGUUUUAUAGUAUUGGACAGUGAGCAGGUGCGCAACCUUACACUACCAAGGUUACGAACCAACGUUUAUGGAUUCAGACUGGCAGGAGACUUGGAAGUCCUUUCCAUUCCCGCUAUCCAGUCCAUUUCUGGAAAUUUCUUCUUGAACACUUCGUCCUCGGAUUUUGACUGCUCACCGUUCCGAGCAUUGAAGGAAGCUGGCAAAAUCACCGGGAGUUUCGACUGCAUCGCAGCAUCGAAUUCCACUACUGUUGCAUCAACCUCGCCGCUUGCCAACAAUCUUUCAGCUGCCCAAAAGGCUGGAGUAGGGGUGGGAGUUGGCGGCGCCGUGUUGCUGUGCCUUGUACUGAUCCUUUCCUUCGUUCUCCGCAGAAAGCAAAGGCAACGACCAGAUCGGCGUCGAGCACCACAGCCGCUGAAGAGUAACCACAAGGAUCCCGCGGAGCUUGGAGAUGGGGGUGAGAAGAAGGAGCUGCCAAGUGAAUGCCGUAUCCACGAAAUGGCCUCAUCGCCAGCGGAGGCAUUGAACGAACUGGAAACGCCUUCAAAAGCGCAUGAACUCCAGGCUGACCGUCAAAUAGUUGAGGUCCCUGGCGAUUGA